CCCAGCCCCCACCCCCGCUUUGCUCAGCGGUGCUGGGCGUGGGGUGCGGGCCGGAUGCUGCACGGGGCUCCGGGGCGCUCGCUCCAGCUGCCGCUGUGGAUAUGUCGGGUCCGCGCGCGGGAUUCUACCGGCAGGAGCUGAACAAAACAGUAUGGGAGGUGCCGCAGCGGCUGCAGGGCCUACGCCCGGUGGGCUCCGGAGCCUACGGCUCGGUCUGCUCUGCCUACGACGCGCGGCUGCGCCAGAAAGUGGCUGUGAAGAAGCUGUCUCGCCCUUUCCAGUCGCUGAUCCAUGCGAGGAGGACAUACCGUGAGCUGCGCCUACUCAAACACCUGAAGCAUGAGAACGUCAUAGGGCUUCUAGACGUCUUCACGCCAGCCACAUCCAUCGAGGAUUUCAGCGAAGUGUACCUGGUGACCACCCUGAUGGGAGCCGACUUGAAUAACAUCGUCAAAUGUCAGGCACUGAGCGAUGAGCAUGUUCAGUUCCUCGUCUACCAGCUGUUGCGUGGGCUGAAGUAUAUCCACUCGGCAGGCAUCAUCCACCGGGACUUGAAGCCCAGCAAUUUAGCCGUGAACGAAGACUGCGAGCUGAGGAUCCUGGACUUCGGGCUGGCGCGCCAGGCUGAUGAGGAGAUGACUGGAUAUGUGGCCACACGGUGGUACCGGGCACCCGAGAUCAUGCUGAACUGGAUGCAUUACAAUCAGACAGUGGACAUCUGGUCUGUGGGCUGCAUCAUGGCUGAGCUGCUCCAAGGAAAGGCCCUCUUUCCUGGAAAUGACUACAUCGACCAGCUUAAGCGAAUCAUGGAAGUGGUGGGCACGCCCAGCCCUGAGGUGCUGGCAAAGAUCUCCUCGGAACACGCCCGGAUGUACAUCCAAUCUCUGCCCCCCAUGCCCCAGAAGGACCUCAGCAGUAUCUUCCACGGAGCCAACCCUCUGGCUAUAGACCUCCUGGGAAGAAUGCUGGUGCUAGACAGUGACCAAAGGGUCAGUGCAUCUGAAGCCUUGGCCCAUGCCUACUUCAGCCAGUACCAUGACCCUGACGAUGAGCCAGAGGCGGCUGAGCCUUAUGAUGAAAGCGUUGAGGCCAAGGAACGCACCUUGGAGGAAUGGAAAGAGCUUACUUACCAAGAAGUCCUUAGCUUCAAGCCCCUGGAGCCAUCCCAGCGACCUGGCACCCAUGAGAUUGAGCAGUGAGGCAUUGCCUGAGGGAAGGCCUGAGCCUGCCUCCUUUUCCUCAGCUUUCCAGUUUCCCUCAAGAAGUGCCUCUUUGGGCAGCCCUGACACUUAACCUGGGACCCCUUUGCCUUGAGAGGACUCUACACGUAUACACACACGAAUGCACGGAUAUGUACAU